AUGCUUACUGCGUAUCCAGAAAACGUUGGUAUUUUGGCUAUUGAAAUAUACUUUCCCAAGAGAUAUGUUGACCAGGCAGAGCUUGAAAAACAUGAUAAAGUAUCUACUGGCAAAUAUACUAUCGGAUUAGGUCAAACAAAAAUGGGAUUCUGCGACGAUCGUGAAGCUGUUCAAAAUCUUGUUGAAAAAUAUAAAAUUUCAUAUAAAGAUAUUGGUCGCCUCGAAGUUGGAACUGAGACCAUUAUAUUAAUGAAACUCUUUGCUGAAUCCAACAAUACUGAAGUUGAAGGUAUUGAUACUACAAAUGCUUGUUACGGAGGUACCAAUGCUCUUUUCAACGCAUUGAAUUGGAUAGAAUCAUCUUCUUGGGAUGGUCGAUAUGCUCUGGUUGUUGCUGGUGAUAUAGCUGUUUAUGCUUCCGGACCUGCUCGUCCCACUGGUGGUGCAGGUUGUGUUGCUAUGUUACUUGGCAAAGAUGCACCCAUUGUAUUUGAUCGUGAUAAACCAAACUUGACUUCCGAGUUUCCUGAAGUUGAUGGUCAUCUAAGUAAUGAAUGUUAUUUGAAAUCACUGGAUUUAUGUUAUAAUCGGUAUCUCGAGAAGUUAAUUACAAAGGAAAAUUGUGAAAAUCCAAGUGUGAAAUCUUUCGACUAUUUCCUUUUUCAUACCCCAUAUUGCAAACUUAUUCAAAAAUCUUUUGGAAGAUUAUUAUAUAAUGAUUUUAUUCGAAAAUCCGACGAUCCAAUUUUUGAAAGUGUGCAAAAAUUUAAGAGUAUGAAAAGUGAAGAAACAUAUAAGUCAAAAGAUCUUGAAAAAGCUUUUAUUGGGAUUUCAAAAACUGAAUAUGAAAAUAAAGUGAAACCUACUCUUUUAGCUGCAACAGAAAUUGGAAAUAUGUACUGUGCUUCAUUAUAUGGUUGUCUUGCAGCCGCAUUAUCAAUUAUUCCUACCGAUGAAUUGCCAAUUCCCGAAAUUCAGGAAUCAUUGGAUAUAUUAAAUCGUCUCAAAUCUCGUAUUGAAGUAACUCCCGAAAAAUUUGAAGAAGUGAUGAACUUGCGAGAAAAAACUCAUGGAAAAAUGGAUUUUCAAGCUGUAGGUGAUGGAAGUUCCCUCGAGGAUACAUUCUUUAAAGGAACUUAUUACUUGGAUACUAUCGAUUCAAAAUGGAGACGCACUUACAAACCAGGUGGUGUCGUUGCUGGAUCUUUGACAGCUAAAUUAAUGAGUGCUCUCGGAACCAUUGGCUCUGUUAUUCCCUUUUUGCAAUCUGUUGAUACUACAAGUUUCAGUGCAUUAUCUUAUAUUACAUCUUCUUUAACUGGUGCGCAUGGUGGUUUUGUAAUCGAAGAUUUGACAGAAGAUAAGGGAGACGAGAAACAGGAGCGAAGAUUUAAUUUAAAUUAUAUUCAUUAUUUUAUUAACAUUACGUACUGUUCAACACAGAUUAGAAUUAUUAUUAUCAACAUGAAAAGUCUGAUUAGUGAAAACGAGCACGGAUUUCUUUGUUAA